AUGUGCCUUAUCUAUCUAUCUAUCUAUCUAUCUAUCUAUCUAUCUAUCUAUCUAUCUAUCUAUCUAUCCGUUCGUCCGUCCGUUCUACUGUCUUUCUGUCUGUUCAUAUGUAUGUAUGUAUGCAUUUAUCUAUCUGCAUGUCUGUCCACCUGUCUGUCUAUCUCUUUCUCUGUCUGUCUCCGCUUUCAUCAUUAUCUCUCUAUCUAUCUAUCUAUCUAUCUAUCUAUCUAUCUAUCUGAGUCUGUUCAUUAUCUAUCUAUAAACACAUUUCAUUUAUUCCUUUAUUCAUUCAUGUGUAAUCUAUCUAUCUAUCUAUCUAUCUAUCUAUCUAUCUAUCUAUCUAUCUAUCUAUAUAUAUAUAUAUAUUCUGUUUCUAUCUAUCUAUCUAUCUAUCUAUCUAUCUAUCUAUCUAUCUAUCUAUCUAUCUAUCUAUCUAUAUAUUCUCGACACAACGAACUUUGUGCAUAUAUUAUGUAUGUGCACAUAUAUGCAAAUAUCUAUCUAUCUAUCUAUCUAUCUAUCUAUCUAUCUAUCUAUCUAUCUACAUUUCCAUAA